CAAAAUUAAAUGCAAGCCUUAAAUGAAAAAGAAAAAGAAAAAGCUGUCUUUUUCCCUCCUCUCCUUCUCCAACCGUAGACUUUUUUGUUCACUAAAACCUAGAUCUCUGAACUCAAACCCAAACAAAACAGACCUCUUUUUCAACUGAAAAAACCUAAGAAGAUUUUCUUUCCUCCUCUGCAAGUGAAAAGCUUCACGAAACCCCAAAAAAAAAAAUACCCUAAAAAUGGCAAAUCCCAGAUAAAAUCACCACACUCAACAUCUUAGAGUCAGAGAUGGCUGAAAACAGUAACGGAAGUACUUCAAGAGCUUCAGCUAGACCUGCUACUAUAUCUCUACCACCUCGUUCGAUUACAGAGAAUAUGUUUACUGGCGUUGGUGGUGCCGGAGCUACAGCGAGUCCGGGUCCGAUGACUCUGGUUUCGAAUUUCUUCUCUGAUAAUGAUACUGAUACUGAUUACAAGUCUUUCUCUCAGCUUCUUGCUGGAGCUAUGGGUUCACCUCUUCCUUUUACUGCUAAUAGAAAACCCUUUAUGGAGAAUUUGGUUGAAGCUGACAGAGGAUUUGUUGCUGGAGGAGGAGAUGGUGAGAAAGAUUCUAGGUUUAAACAGAACCGGCCAGUGAAUUUGAUGAUUUCUCAUCAAUCUCAAACACCUAUUGGUGGUGGUGGUUAUUUUACGAUUCCUCCUGGUUUGAGUCCUACUGGCUUACUUGAUUCUCCUGGGUCUUUUGCUUUUUCUCCGGGACUCGUUGGACUCUCGCACCAAGAAGCCCUGGCGGAAGUUACAGCUCAAGCUUCCCAGUUUCAGUUCCAGCCCCAUAUCCAAGCUGAAUAUCCAUCUUCAGCAGCUCCACCUGCAGUGUCGUAUGGACAACAUGCACCCUUUACAUUCAAUUCAGCUCCUCCACAGCAGAUCUCAACUUCAACAGCAGACCAGAAAUGCCAGACAGUUGAGUCAUCAGAGGUUUCUCAGUCAGAUUACAGAUCUCAACCUACGCAACUUACUCAACUUAUUGUUGAUAAACCUGUGGAUGAUGGUUACAAUUGGAGGAAAUAUGGGCAGAAGCAAGUAAAGGGAAGUGAAUAUCCUCGUAGUUACUACAAAUGUACUUAUCAAAAUUGUGUAGUAAAGAAAAAGGUCGAACGUUCUCAUGAUGGUCAAGUCACUGAGAUCAUCUACAAAGGGCAACAUAACCAUCAAAAGCCUCAACCAAAAAAACAUGUGAAAGAAAGUGCAAAUUCAAAUGGAAACACAAACUUUCAGGGGAUUCUUGAAAUGGGUUCGCAGGGAAAUAAUGGAAAACAUAGGAGGGAUCUGGAAUCCAGUCAAGCCACAGGUGAACAAUUAUCUGGUUCAAGUGACAACGAGGAAGUUGAUGGUGCUGAAACCAGAGAGGAUGGAGGGGAUGAUGAUGAACCUGAACCAAAAAGAAUAAGCAGAGAGAUCAGGGUAACCGAGCAAGCUUCACACCGAGCUGUCUCAGAACCUAGAAUCAUUGUGCAGACAACAAGUGAAGUUGAUCUCUUGGAUGAUGGCUAUAGGUGGCGCAAGUAUGGGCAGAAAGUGGUGAAAGGGAAUGAUUACCCAAGGAGCUACUACAAAUGCACAUUUCUAGGCUGUAAUGUCCGUAAACAUGUCGAGAGGGCUGCAACAGAUCCCAAAGCCGUCAUUACAACAUAUGAAGGUAAACAUAAUCACGACGUACCCGUAGCUAAAAACAGCAGCCAUAACACAGCCAACCAGCUAAGAUCUCAGCAUACUGUAGUUAAUAAUAGGAUAGACUUUGGGAACAGCGAUCAACAGCCAGUGGCACUUCUGCGAUUGAAAAAAGAAGAAAUCGCUUAAUAUCCUAGUUUCCUCUUUAACUUGAAGGAUGAGUUCAAGUGUUGGGUACAGAGGAAACUUGAUCCUGACAAUCUGCAGUUAAUUAGGCAAGAAUUUUUUGUGUACAGCUUUUAGAUCACUGCUUAACUUUUUGUGCAAAAACAAAAUACGAGAAAGGAAAAGAUAGUGAAGAAAGUUGUGGCUCGUCAACCAGUUUGGAUGACGGUCCUUUUUGUACUGGUGGGUGAUACCCAUCUGUGAUUACAGCUUGUAAACAGGUUUUUUUGCCUCUUAUAAUAUGACCAUUGUGUCAAAUGUACUGAUUAUAUGUUUAAUAUACCACGUAAAAAUCAGUACAUUUAUCUUUGUACAUGAGAACUCAGAAGCAGUGGUAUAGCUUUAUAUGGGAUUUUGUU